AUGUGUGACGACGAUGUAGCAGCACUUGUUAUUGAUAAUGGUAGUGGUAUGUGUAAAGCUGGAUUUGCUGGUGAUGAUGCUCCACGUGCUGUAUUUCCAUCAAUUGUUGAAAUAACAUCAUUGGCACCAUCAACAAUGAAAAUAAAAAUCAUAGCACCACCUGAACGAAAAUAUUCCGUAUGGAUUGGUGGUUCAAUUUUAGCAUCAUUAUCAACAUUUCAACAAAUGUGGAUUUCAAAACAAGAAUAUGAUGAAUCAGGUCCAUCAAUUGUUCACAGAAAAUGCUUUUAA